UGUCCCCUGCAUUGGCAGGUGGAUUCUUAACCACUGGGCCAUCAGGGAAGCCCUUAAAUUUUUUUGAAAGAGAAUAAUGUUUGGUGGCUCUGGGAGGAAGCUCUGGAUCUGUUUGAUGUUAGGAUGCACUACAAAGCUCUAACGGUUACAGGAGUUCAGGACUGCCAUGGGAGUAGAACUGGAUUCAGUAGAACAAAAGAAGUUCAAAAACAGUUUCAAGUGCAUAUAGGACUAUUUUAAUAAAGGGAAAAAUGAGUCUGAGGACAGUAAGCUUCGCUUUGAAACUUACCAGUUGAUAUGGCAGCAGAUGAAAUCUGAAACUGAGCGACUACAAGAGGAAUUAAAUAAAAACCUGUUUGACAGUCUAAUUGAAUUUCUUCAGAAGUCUCAUUCUGGGUUCCAGAAGAAUUCAAGAGACUGGGGCUGUCAAAUAAAAUUCAGAGAAAUUCCAACUGCUGCUCUUGUUCUAGGUGUGAAUGUAACAGAUCAUGAUUUAACAUUCAGAAGUCUAACAGAAGUCCUUCAGAAUAAUGUUACUCCAUAUGUAGUUUCAUUGCAAGCUAAAGAUUGCCCAGAUAUGAAACAUUUUUUGCAAAAGCUGGCCUCACAGUUGAUGGACUGCAAUGUAGAUGUGCAAUCCAAAGAGAAAGAAAGUGUUCAGGUCACCCAGAAAAAGAUACAUUAUUCAAUGGAUUCUCUUUCCACUUGGUAUAUGAGUGUCACACAGAAGACUGACGUAAAAAUGCCAAGAAAAAAGAGGACUCCUCCUAGCCAAUGGCAGUCUCCUCCUGUUGUGCUUAUCUUAAAGGAUAUGGAAAGCUUCACCACAAAAGUACUCCAAGACUUUAUAAUUAUCAGCAGUCAGCAUCUACAUGAAUUUCCACUAAUACUCAUUUUUGGGAUCGCCACGUCUCCUGUUGUCGUCCAUCGGAUGCUUCCUCAUGCAGUAUCAUCUCUAUUGUGUAUAGAACUAUUCCAGUCUUUGUCUUGCAAGGAGCACCUGACUACAGUACUUGAUAAGCUACUUCUUACAACUCAAUUUCCAUUUAAACUAAGUGAAAAAGUGUUGCAGGUUCUGACCAACAUCUUUUUGUAUCAUGAUUUCUCAAUCCAAAACUUUAUAAAAGGACUUCAGCUUUCUCUAUUAGAACAUUUCUAUUCCCAGCCCCUCAGUGUUCUGUGCUGUAAUCUCCCAGAAGCCAAGAGAAGAAUAAAUUUUUUAUCAGAUAAUCAAUGUGAAAACAUCCGACGUCUUCCAUCGUUUAGGAGGUACGUGGAAAAGCAAGCUUCAGAAAAGCAAGUUGCACUGUUGACCAAUGAGAGAUUUUUGAAGGAGGAAACACAGUCAUUACUAGAAAACCUGCAUGUUUACCAUACAAAUUACUUCCUGGUUUUGAGAUGUCUUCAUCAGUUCACCUCUUCUCUUCCCAAGUACCCACUGGGUCGACAGAUCAGAGAGCUGUACUGCACGUGUUUAGAAAAGAACAUACGGGAUUCAGAGGAGUAUGCAUCGGCUUUGCAGCUGCUGAGGAUGUUGGCAAAGGAUGAACUGAUGGCCAUGCUUCAGAAAUGUUUCAAGGUUUUUAAGUCCUCUUCUGAAAAGCAGCUUGGCAACACAGCAAAGAGAAUAGAGGAGUUCCUGGCCCAGUUUCAGAGCCUCGAUGCAGAAGCCAAAGAAGAAGAAGAUACUUCUGAGUCACAGUCAAAGGGACUUCAGAAGACAGACCUCUAUCAUCUUCAGAAGUCAUUAUUGGAAAUGAAGGAGUUAAGAAGAGCAAGUAAGAGGCAGACCAAGUUUGAAGUCCUCAGAGAACAGCUUGUGAGCUUCAUCGACAGUCUGGCGCGAGAAUACCUCCUGCUUCCAGAGACACAGCCUCUGCAUGAGGUGCUGUACUUCAGUGCUGCCCACACCCUUCGCCAGCACCUGAACGCUGCCCCGCGGAUCGCCCUCCAUACCGCACUCAACAACCCAUAUUAUUACCUCAAGAAUGAAGCACUGAGAAGUGAAGAAGGUUGUAUUCCAAAUGUCGCCCCAGACAUCUGCAUAGCAUAUAAACUGCACCUGGAGUGCAGCAGGCUAAUCAACCUUGUGGACUGGUCGGAGGCCUUUGCAACAGUUGUGACAGCUGCUGAAAAAAUGGAUGCAAAUUCUGUAACCUCAGAAGAAAGGAAUGAAAUUAUCCAUGCUCGGUUUAUUAGAGCUGUUUCUGAACUAGAACUUUUAGGAUUUAUAAAACCUACCAAACAGAAGACUGACCAUGUGGCAAGGCUAACAUGGGGAGGCUGCUAGAAAGCAAAUGAGUGAAGCCAGAAAGACAGCAUUUAGCUUAAGAGUAAAAGGAGACCAAUCAUAUUUACACACCGGUAGAGGAAGAUUGCUUGGGAAGAAGCAUAAUGUGUAAUCCCUGUGUGAUGUUUAAACAGAAAAGUAGACUGUUAAUCCCUAUCAGGAAUGUAUCAAAGCACCUUUGGAGUACUUUAGAAUCCAACAAAUAACAUGCUAACAUUGCAAGUAGAACCUCUCUCAGAGUAUCACUGCAAUUUUCAUUCAUUAAGAAAUUAUGAAUAAAUUGUUCUUGAACAUACAUAAUGUAUAAAUGUAAUAAAUUCCUUUGUCUAGGGGUUUCUAUUAA